GAAGAGCGCCGUGAGAAGUUGUUGGCCUGGCCAAAUUCAGGGAAAAUAUAGUUUAAUUGCCCAAUCUAGACUGCCACCAUAGUUUUUAGUUAAUAAAAACGAUAUACUGCUAGUAGGUUCCUCGCAAAAUGGCGCACGCCACACCACAGGGCGUCAAGCUGUUAAACGGAUGGAAGCGUCCGGGUCGCUUUGACAAGGGUCUGGGUGCCCAGCUGCCCGAGGCGUACAAGAAGUUCUGGCGUGAGUGGAAGCUGACGACUCCGGCCGCCGUUCAUUACAUCCCCAAGGAGCGCGAAUGGGAACGUGACGAGGUGACCCAUGCCAUCAAGCCGGUCCAGAACAUACCGUUGCCACUAAUCGACACCCCAGAAUCGCACAAGGGCAUCUGGGGCGGCGAGGCGGUGAUCAAGGGCUUCCAGAAGCGCCAGCAGACGAAGCGUCGGGUGCCGCACUUCUGGGUGCCCAAUCUACGACGUUCGGUUGUCCACAGCCAUGUAUUGGACUCCUACAUGUCCGUGGUGGUGACGGAGCGCACCCUGGAGCAGAUCCACGAAUGCCAUGGCUUCGAUCACUAUCUCCUCAAGAAUCGGGCCUGCGAUCUUCGUUCUGCUCUGGCCCUGAAACUCAAGCGAGAAGUGCUCCAGGCCCUGCAGAAGGGUGUCCCGGCCUUGGCCGACGAACCCGAGCGUCAGAAGGAAGUGCUGAAGGAGUACAGCCGCUAUCUGGAACCGUAUUCUGCCGAGGAAAUCGAUUGGUAUGGCCAUACCUACCUGGAGGCCAUACGCAAGCUGCAGAAUCAACUGCGUGAGGCCGAAAAGGUGCUGCCGCAUAAGUUGGAGUUCCGCAGCAAGCUAAUAGACCAGCUGCGGCAGGCAGGGAUCAGUGAGGCGGGAAAGCUGGAGAAGCCCGACGCACUGGCGGGACCUUCAGCCGAGCACAAGGAUUCAGACAUCGAGGCGCUAACAAAGCUGGAAUCCUCGCCCUCUUCCAGUUGGCUGUCCAAGAUUAAUCCUUUCGGCAAAAAGGAAACCUAGACCAGUAGUUGCCCUCGUUUGUUUUUGAUUUAUGUGUUUAGUCUCGAAAGAAUAAACAUAAUUUCGAAAAA